AUGCGCCUAUUCGCAGAUGAUGUUAUUCUGUACAUAACUGUUCGAGACCCAUGUGAUCAGCAAAUGUUACAAAAAGAUCUGACCAAAUUGGCUGAAUGGGAGAGCUGCUGGGGUAUGCUAUUCCACCCAGAAAAGUGUUCAGUGUUAAAUGUGUCGUGUAAGAGAAAUAUUCCCAGAUAUCCAUUUAAGUUGAAGGGAACCACCUUGGAGAACAAUACCAUCGUCACCUACUUAGGUGUUGACCUUACUUCCACCCUUUCUUGGUCUCACCAUAUUGACAGAAUAUCUGGCAAGACCAGCCGCACCCAAGGUUUUCUCCGGAGGAACCUGAAGAUCAGUAGUGAGGAAACCAAGUCAGCAGCAUAUCGGACAACGAUUUCUGUGUGGAAAGCUCUUCCAGCCAGUGUAGCGGAGGCAGAUAGUCCAGGGGCCUUCAAAAAGGGCCUAGCUGCACUGCGUGCUUUAGCAAUCAUGGAAAGAAAUCCAUUGGGAUUACUACCUUUUGUCCUUCUGUUCUUCUUCAUUAUUUCAUCUACGAAUUCUUCCACCACUACUUUUUAUAAUACUGAACAAAUCUCACACUCUUCCACUGGUACGACAAAUCCUGACCAUGAGGUGCAUCCCUCUAACCACAGCUCAAAUCACACCGAACAUGAGGAGUCACAUGGUCACCAUGUGGAAGUUGUAGAAAUCCGUUAUGAAGAAAUAAGCUCCCCAUUCCUGUUUACAGUUGUUGUUUUGGUCGCUGUUAUCAGUAAAAUGGGUUUUCACUAUGCGAACAAACUUUCAUCCAUCGUCCCUGAGUCGUGCCUUCUCAUCAUCGUGGGAACUGUUUUUGGAACCAUCAUUUACUUUAGUGGUUCUGGUGGCGAGCUGCAGAAAUUUUUUACUCCAGAAACUUUCUUCCACUAUCUCCUCCCCCCAAUAAUUCUGGAGUCUGCAUUUAAUUUAUAUGACAGAACAUUUACAGAAAAUAUUGGCAGCAUCCUGAUCUUUGCUGUAUUUGGGACAAUUGCAGCAUGUUUACUGCUUGGUUUGUCCCUGAUCGGCCUACAGAUGACUAGUGCUAUGCCUUAUGUUGGAGAACCCGUCCAGCUGUUGGUGUUCAGUGCCCUCAUUGUUGCUGUGGAUCCUGUGGCUGUGCUGGCCGUGUUUAAUGAAGUAGGAGUUAAUAGAGUUUUAUACUUUCUUGUCUUUGGAGAGUCACUGCUCAAUGAUGGUGUAACAGUUGUCCUAUAUCAUGUCCUGCAAUCCUACAACCUGAUCCUACAGGAACGAGAUAUUACAGCAGAAGAUAUCGUGCUUGGUUUUGUGAAGUUCUUCUUGGUGUGUUUUGGUGGGCUGUUUAUCGGAGUAAUUAUAGGAGCCCUGUCCUCCAUUCUCACCAAGUAUACCAAUAAUGUUAAAGUGAUUGAGCCUGUGGUUAUAUUUGGGACAGCCUACAUAGCAUUUCUGCUGGCAGAAAUGUUUGCCUUCUCAGGAAUUAUCAGUAUCAUUGCCUGUGGUAUUGUUCAAGUUGCCUAUGCCUUUGCCAAUAUCACAAAGAAGUCUAGAGUUACAGUGAAAUUCUUCACCAAGGUCCUCAGUACCAUCAGUGAGAUCAUCAUCUUUCUGUUUCUGGGUUUAUUUUUUGUACAAGAACAUAGCUGGAACACCGCACUGUCUUUGUGGACUGUACUCUUUAUCACUGUGUACAGGUUUGGAGUUACAUUUUUGGCCUCUUCAUUGAUAAACCGGUUUGACAAGUACAGAGUGAGAAAGAUCCGUUAUGAUGAAAUGUUCAUUGUGAGUUACGGUGGUAUUCGAGGGGCUGUGUGUUUCUCUCUCGUUGCCUUACUGGACAUUGAAGCAUUCCCAAUGAAGGACAUCUUCAUCACAUCAACCCUCUUUGUUAUCUUCUUCACCGUUUUCAUUCAGGGAUCAACUAUCAAGCCCCUUGUCCGCCUACUACAAGUGAAGCUAGCUGCCAAGACAAAGGAAACGUCUAUGUAUGUUGAACUCACAGAACAUGUAACUGACCACUUGAUGGCAGGGAUGGAAGAUCUAAUUGGCAAGGAGGGGAAAAAUUCAAUGAGGGAGUGGUUUUACCAUAUGGAUGAGAAAUAUAUCCGCAGAUUUUUGUUACGUGACCACAACUUAAAUGAAGAGCAAUAUGAGAUCCUUCAGUGCUAUGAGAAGCUCAUGAUGAAGGAACAUUACAAAAACCUUCACUUGUGUGGAGCAAGCCAACUUCCCGAAGAUGCAAACAGACUGAGAAACAUUGACAGUCGUGCCUUGAUACAACAGAUUAAAAGCAGCACAUCAGGAAAAGAUAAUGACUAUGACAUGCAUUUGCCUGAACAUGAUGAUGAUUCUCCUGUAGCAGAUGCAUUAAAAGUGACAUUUAGUUUGGAAGACACACCAAAUACACCUGCUGAAGCAAGACACUUUUUCGAUAAACACAUCCAGAGGCCAGUCAGCCAUAUGAAUGUUUACGGGUUCUCGAAGGGACUUCAGGAUCCUGACAGAAUAAAGAAUCGUAAACUAACCAGGAUGUUCUCAAUUCGUGAGCAAUGGAGUAACAAGCGCAACAAUAACCUUCAGCUUGAGCGCUUGAAGACAAUUCGUAAAAUGCCAGAACGAGCCAUGUCUUGGUCUGAGGAGAAUACAGAGGAGGUGCAGUUCCGAGAGCAGCACAGGCAAGCUCCUCGACAACGUGCCAUGACGAUGAAUAACGACGGGUCAGCUGUCGCGCCAUUGAAUAAAAUGUACAAAGAGUCUCAUAACACUGUGAUUGAGGUAGAUGAAAACACUCACUUUGAAGGCACAGAAAAUGAGCCACUUAUGGAUGAAAAUAGUGAGGAAAUACAAAAGAAUGAUUCUAAGAGAGAAAACUCAGAUACGUUGCCAAAAAGCGAGUCUGUUGACCGGCAUGGCCAGCUGACUAGACAGGGGGCUGUGGCUACAGAUGAUAUAGCUCUACAGCCUGUUGGUGAACUUAAACGACAUCGCUCCUUAGAUUGA